UAACGACCAAUCGCGACCCGUCUCUCUCUCUCUCUCUCUCUCUCUCUCUCUCUCCCCUGAAAAUUGAAAGAUCAAACGCAAAAUCCGAUGGAAAACCGGUCGGGAAUGGGUAACCGGAGGCAGCAGAAUCUCUUCGUCGUCGCAUCUCCGGACGAGAUUGAUAAGAUCAGGCGAGCUGAAACUUCCAGUCAAGCCGGAGCUAUUGCCGGAGCUAAAGCAGCCGCCGUCGCCGCCGUGGCUAGUGCUAUCCCCACGAUAGCUGCGGUUCGUGUGUUCCCAUGGGCCAAGGCAAACCUAAACUAUACUGCUCAGGCACUCAUUGUAUCUGCAGCAUCCAUCGCUGCAUUCUUCAUAACUGCGGACAAAACCAUUCUACAAGGCGCAAGGAGAAACACCGAGGCUCAGUUAAAGAAAGCUCAGCAAGACUCUAAAUAAAUUCCUCUUGUGUAGCUCAAUUAAUCACACAUCUUUCUCUGUCUCUCUAUGCAUUUUGUCUUUCUUUCAAAAUAAGAUCAAUUACAAGGAAUAGUAGAUUUAUAAAGACCAUUCUCAUUCAGUUAUUUUCAACGA